AUGGAAGUAACUAUUUCAAAUUUCACCAAGGUCCUUCCAGAAGUUGAAAAAGCAAUUCAGAAUUGUACAUUUUUGAGUAUAGACUGUGAGUUGACCGGUCUGAAUGUAACACGAAAUAUAAAUUCAUAUGAUGCACCAGGACAAUACUAUGACAAGGUACGAAAUAAUUGUAAAGAGUUUUUGGUCAUACAGUAUGGACUCAGCACUUUCAGGUAUGAUUCUGAAAAUGAUAAAUUCAAGCAGCAGAGCUACAAUUUUUACAUAUUUCGAAGGCCAAUGAACAGGAAUAUACCAGACCAAAGGUUCUUAUGUCAGGCUUCUAGCAUUCAUUUUCUGAUCAACCAAUGCUUUGACUUCAAUAAACUUUUCAAAGAAGGUAUUCCAUAUCUUAAUGAUGAAGAAGUUAAGAAAUAUAGAAGCAACCUAGAAGACAACUUCAAAAAGAGAAGUGAUUUAAUAGAAUCUCAACAAAAUGGUGGACAUGAGGAUAUUAUUCCUAUUCCAGAAAAUGCCCAGGAUUUCAUCAAGGAUGUUAUAGAAAAAAUAGAAACAUUUCUGGAAACCGAGGAAACCGAGUUGCAACUUCCAAAAUGCAACUCCUUCUUCCGAAGGUUAGUCUAUCAACUGAGGACCGAGAAGUUCGCGGGCAAAGUCUCUAUGGAGACCAGGCAAAUCGACAAAGACAGAGUGCUGUUUGUGACCAAACUGAGAACGAAAGAAGAAGAACAAGAACACGAAAAGAAAAUAUUCGAGGGACAACUGGAAGAACUCGAAGGAUUCAUAGGGUUCAACAAAGUUCUCAAAAUGAUUGUCAAAUCUGGAAAACUCGUUAUUGGGCAUAAUUUAUGUCUGGAUCUUCUGCAUACUAUAGAAAAAUUUUUGUGUUCAUUGCCUUGUGAGUAUGAAGAAUUUAAAGAAUUGGCACAUGGACUGUUUCCAAGAGUUAUCGAUACCAAGUACAUGUCGAGUACAAACCCAUUUCCAGAUUUAAUAUCGUCCAGUGUAUUGAAUCAGCUGUUGGAAAGGCUGUCCGAGAAACCUUUCAGUAUUCCAAAUAUCGAAAUCGAAGAAGGACAUUCCGGUUACAAAAUCUUGGAUAAUAAAGAACACGAAGCAGGAUAUGACGCCUAUAUAACGGGUGUUGCUUUCUUAGCGAUGUGGAAAUAUUUAGGGUCAGAACAGAAACUAAAAGAUAACGAAAUAUUUGGCAAUAUGGAUCUUUUAGAGCCUUAUAUGAACAGGAUAUACCUGAUGAUUUUAACUGAUAACCAGUACAUUCAUCUGGGUGGUGAAGAUAGUAAUCCAUCUCGAGAUCAUGUUUUUCAUAUAACGUUUCCAAAAGAUUGGAGGCUGAAUAACAUAACGCAGUUAUUCAGUCCUUUUGGUAACGUUCACGUGUCGUGGAUCGACGAAACGUCCGCCUACGUGGGUUUGAACAAGCGCGAUCAGGCCGCCAUAGCGUUGAACACCCUGUCGCAAAGCGACACGAUAGCGAUCACGACUUACGCGAAGCGACAGGCUUUUUUGUCGGGGACUAAAACGCCGCUUUCCUCCCCUUUGGGGACGAGGAAGAGGAGGAAGAGCUCGGAAGGGCCGCCUUCCUCCAAGAAGAGGAGGACCGAUAGUUUUCCCAGCAUAAUUUCAAAAAGGUCCAUAGAUCGAAUAGAGGAAGAAAGAAUGGAGGCAGAAGAUGGCAGCACACCUGGUAUAUAUAAGAAAACUUUCGAGGUGGAUACAACUUGGGAUUAA